AGCGACCCCAUCGGGGUCCCUAACCACCUCUGAAACCCAAACGGGACACCCACCACUGGCACUGUCUGCCUGUAUAUAGCCCGAGACCCAACAUCAGCAAAGCCACCGGCCGGGGUUGUCGUUGUCGUGGUGGAGGCCGGGAUCGAUUCUGUCGACCGCCGCACGAGGGCAGGGAGGGGUCGCCGGAGAAGGUUGGUCGGUCGGUUCCUAUGUCGAAGAGGACGGUGCUGCGGGUGGACACCUCCUGCGCCAAGUGCAAGCGCAAGGUCCUGCUCGCCGUCUCCAGCCUCCAAGGUGUGGACAAGAUCGAGAUCGACUCGGAGAAGGGCACGAUGACGGUGACCGGCGGCGUGGACCCGGUGGACGUGGUGGAGGCCACCAGGAGGAAGGCCGGGAAGCGCGCCGACGUCCUCACCAUCGGCCCGCCGCCGUCGGCGUCGACCGCGUCCAAGCCGGAGGAGAAGAAGAAGCCCGAGCAGCAGCAGAAGCCGCAGCAGCAGUGGGAGGAGAAGAAGCACGUGGCGGCGGAGAGGAGGGCGCUUGAGCCGCCGGUGACGGUGUACGUGCACCACGUCCCGGCGCCGCCGCCGUCGUGGCCCGCGUACGAGCAGUGCGCCGUCGUGCCCUACCACUACCAGCAGCAGCAGGAUCCCUGCUCCAUCAUGUAGCUAGCUAGUUAUUCGUCUCUUCGUGUCAUUGUUAUUUGAACCGUACGUAGUACUAAUCGAUAGGUAAUUCAACCCCGGAUCGAUGCCUCUGCGCGCGCACUAGCAUUCCACCGUGAUUUUCCUUGAGAGAAUUAGCUGAACUUUCUGAAUAAAUACCUAAUGUUAUGGAAAA